UGAAAGCAACACGAAAGAGGAGUCAGGAUGGCUUAGGCGCCAAGCCAGCAAGUGGCAAAGCUAUAAAUAACGACAAACCUCCUCCUACAUGGCAAUCUGCAAAUUCUAAUCUUAGAGGAAAUUUAAAGGGAUAAAAAAAGAUGGGAGGAGGAACAGAGGCUUUUCCAGAUCUGGGAAGACACUGCCAGCAUCCUGAAUGCAAGCAGCUCGAUUUUCUGCCUUUCAACUGCAAUGGUUGUCGAAAGGUGUUUUGUUUAGAGCAUAGAUCCUACAAGUCUCAUGACUGUCCGAAAUCAGACCACAAGAGUCGAAAAGUAGUUGUUUGUGAAACAUGUUCGGCGUCUAUUGAGACUACUGGAUGCAACGAGGAUGCUGAGAAAGUGGUGUUGCUGAAACAUGAGAAAUCUGGAGAGUGUGACCCAAGGAGGAAGAAGAAGAAGCCAACUUGCGCUGUUAAGCGCUGCAAGGAGAUAUUAACCUUCUCUAACACAUGCACCUGCAAAAAUUGCCAGUUAAAGGUGUGCUUAAAGCAUCGGUUUCCAGCUGACCAUGCGUGUAAGAAAUAUCAUCCUCUGCAGUACAUGUGAUGUCUGAAGGAAGAGUUGGGUUCUGAAAUUCAUCUCGGCUGAGAAAUUUAAAAAUUAUUCGGGAGUUUUAAGAAUAUUGUUUGACAAA